CGCUGUUUCUCAGUUUUCUCUUAUACAUUUAGCUCACUCAUAGACAUCAGACACCAGAUUCCUCUAUCUCCGGUACCACAGUGCAUGUAUGGCUAUACAUAGGACUUAGCUGUUCGUUUGCGGGACCCUGCGACCCGAGGUGACAGUCCCUGUUGGAUUCGAGACCACAGGUCGAAUCGUCAAUGUUUCGGAAUCCUCGAGAGAAUGCUCUUCGUCCUCCCUCAAAGCAUAUUCGUCCUUCCAUAGGUCGACCACCUUCUCCCAUGCGGGGUUUCACGCAAAGCCAACUCGAUCCCUCUUCUGCUUCGGCCCCGAAAUCCGCUCCAUUAUCCAGCCCGAGAACAACCCACAUGCCUACCGUCCAACCCAAACCGACUCCAUUACAAGUCCGGCCUCCCCCCAAGUCGAAUCCUAUGUUCAAACCCCGAGACCACUCAAAAUCCAAGGUCAGGCAGAACGGCAAUAUUCUAUCGUUCUUCAAAAAAGCCGAGGAGAAGGCGACUGCUCUCUUUGUUCCAGGGGCGUCUCGAGACGUGGAUCAAUCUGCCGUUCCUUCAUUCGAAGAUACUCCUAUCCCCAUCGAACGGUACAACGAAUGUAAUGGAAGUGUCAAAAGACGAAAGACAGGCACUGAGGGAUCGACGGAGCCGAGCAUCUCAGCUUCCCAAAGCACGGCUGCUGAAAGCGCUUCCGACCGGAACGUUGAGGGAGAACAUAAAAAUACCCCUUCAAAACGAAACGGAAGCCUUGGUUAUCACAGGUCCCGUCGAGGGCCAUUUGCAUUAGACAGUGACAGCGAAGACGAUGGAUACGAGGAGGGAGGAAGCAUUGGCGAGAGGGCUGAAGGCCUAAUGGGGCAGAAUAUUGAUCAGGCCGUUCCCCCACCUGGAAAUUCCUGCGACGAUGAAUCACAGCGGGCAUUCAAAAAUUUACAUCGCGACACUGUAAAUGAGAAAUAUAGGAAAGAUCAUGUUGGCGAAAUUGAAGCAGAGCUGAACGAUGACGAUUGGUUUGAUGGCGUACCUCCUGAGGGCAUACAAGAAGAAUGGUCGGACAUAGAACCAAAAGAGUUGAACGAGGAAGGGGAUGAGGCAUCAGUCUUUCCGGAGAACCUGGCAUGUCCAAUAUGUGCUUGCAGCUUAGAACGAUCUUCCCCUGAACAAGCAUCCAUUCAUGUCAACAGCUGCCUCGACAGACCCUCAGCCGGAGAGCCGAACGAACCAAAACCCGAGUCUGAUUCUAAGGAUAUCCCAUCUCCCCGGAUCGUUCGCCCUCCCAAACCGGCUCAACGAAGUCCUUUCACACCUGGACUCCUUGGGCCAAAGGAUAGCUCGGCGUUCACGAAAAUCAUGUCCAGUCAUGCUGAGAAUACUGCGUGGAAAAAUGCAGCCGUGGCAGAAUCCGCGUCCAAAGGAAGACCUUCUUAUCAGCGGACGUGUCCGUUUUACAAGAUCAUCCCCGGGUUCUCUAUUUGCGUUGAUGCGUUCCGAUACGGGGCCGUACAAGGGUGCGAGGCAUAUUUUCUGAGCCAUUUCCAUAGCGACCACUACAUUGGGCUGACUGCUAGUUGGAAUCACGGCCCGAUCUACUGCAGCAAAGUCACGGGAAACUUGGUUCGUCAACAGCUUAAAGUCAACCCGAAGUAUAUCAUCGACUUGGAGUUCGAGAAGCGGGCAAGCGUCCCAAAUACAAACGGGGUAUCUGUCACCAUGAUACCAGCAAACCACUGUCCCGGGAGUUCUCUGUUCUUGUUUGAAAAGGUCUCCACGAAAGCCAGUCGUAGUCGAACGCAACGCAUCUUGCACUGCGGCGACUUUCGAGCCUCUCGUGAACAGCUCGAACACCCUCUCCUCAGAUCCGAUGUCCUAGAUCCGGUGUCUGGCUCGGUUCGGCAACAGAAAAUUGAUGUGUGCUACCUGGAUACAACCUACCUGAACCCACGAUACGCCUUCCCAGAUCAGUCUGAAGUCAUAUCCGUAUGCGCAGAAAUGUGUGCAAGUCUUAGCAAGGAGAAAAAAGACCUCCGCGAUGGCUGGGAACAAGUUAAGCGCGGAAAGGCGGACAAACGCAUGGAGGCAUUCAUUCAAAGGAAUCCACAGGAGCCUGGCCACAAACCAUUACCCCGAGAUGAGUCGAGAGGAAAGCUUCUCGUGGUGGUCGGAACUUACAGCAUUGGAAAAGAGCGCCUGUGCGUUGGGAUUGCACGGGCGCUGGGGAGUAAGAUCUUUGCUCCGGCCGCGAAACGACGAAUCUGUGGCUGCCUGGAAGACCCAGAGCUUUCAUCGCUUCUCACCAAAGAUCCUAAAGACGCUCAAGUGCAUAUGGUGCCUAUGUUUGAGAUCCGCUCAGACACGCUUGCGGAGUAUAUGGCCUCUCAUGCGGGCACCUUUACUCGCGCCGUUGCAUUUCGUCCAACAGGCUGGACAUAUCGACCUCCAGGUUUCCGGUCUACCGACUCUCCCACUGUCCCGAACGUACUGUUUGGAGACACUUGGAAAACGAGUUUUUCCUUGAAAGAUCUAGUAGCUCAGAGAGGAAGCACUGAGAAUGUCGGUUGCUUCGGCGUACCAUACUCCGAGCACAGCUCGUUUAGAGAGCUGACCAUUUUUUGCUGCGCAUUGAAUAUUGACCGAAUCAUACCAACGGUCAAUGUCGGAGAUCCCAAGAGCCGGGAGCGAAUGAAGGCAUGGUUGGACAAGUGUGCUGCUUUCUCACAGCGAAAUCCGGACUCAUUUCUACGCAUAGCAGAAUGUAUGAGCAGGGGUGGCAAUGGCAACGUUUGAAAACGUUCGGAAUGAAAUAGCAUAAACGACGUCAGCCGAAUCUAUGUGAAUAUGUACAGUGGCCAACAACUGUAGAAUGUAUCGUCUCCCACUAACAUGCCAUUGUACCUGUGCCUCAUGAUAACCUCUCCCGUGCGGCGGCUUCCUCUCUUGCUCGCAUGUUGCUUGCAAUCUUCGCAUCCACCUCUCGGCUUUUUAUCUCGUAAUGCUCAACCAGCUUAUCCAGGUUAAUACCAUGUCCGGCAGGGACGUUGUAGGGUGAGCCGGCAUUGAAGACCCUAUCAAAACCCAAUUAGUUUGUUUCUCCUGAGAACCGUUGAUUCGGAAAUAUGAUGUCCCUGAGAGAGCAACGGUAUCAACAAUAGAAGCUAGCGGACGUACUCUGCACCGUUCAAUUCACUUGGACCCCGGUACUUCGAGUUGACAAUGAUGUUCCUGUCCUCUCGUGCUUGCUGGAUGUAGGCCGACCUCAACGCAUUC